UAUUUUAUUUUUAUUUUUUUUAAAGCAAGCAAGCAAGCAAGAAGAAGAACGGAAAUUAAUUUUUCUUUACAGUUGCUUUCUCUUUCUGCUCUGGUUUCCCGGCGAGAGAGGAGGAAGUAGAAGAGUGGAAGAAAUAAAUACCUCUGCUUCUACGAAACUCUCUCUUUCUCUCUCUUCCUACAAAUUUCCUUGAUCAAAAAGACAAUAACCUUUCAUUUGAUCGAGUUUCUGCUCAAUACCCAUUUCCAAUGAACUCUCUCUAACUACCCAUCAGGAAAUUUCUGAUGACACGAGAAACUUAAUUACGAAGUUUCUAACAGUCUAUGUCGGCGACUUCAAUAGUAUUAGCAUUCUUGUGUCCAUCUUAUGGUCCUGUGAUGGUGUGACUUAAUUUCUUUCACUUCCCUUUUGUUGACAGAAAGUUGUCAAUCAGCAUGGAGAAGCAUUUUGAAGAUUCCACGCCAAGCCGCAGUGAAGGUCCAUUGCAGAUUCCGUCAGUUAAUUAUCCAAAAAAGAUGGGAAGCAAUUUGUGGGGGAUCUUACGCGAAACUGAUUCGUAUCAUGCAUCAAAUGAUGCCAGCUUGUUUUCUACCUCAUUGCCCGUCCUUCCACAUGAGAAAUUGAAUUUCACAGAUUUGGGGAAUGGUGGUAAAUCGAUUGAUGAUGGCCUGCCUAAUUUAAACAAGCUUGAUCGAGGGAAAGGGUUAAAAGAUCCUCUUGAAGAUGUUGAACCUAAUGAAAUUGGAAACAUGCUUCCUGAUGAUGAAGAUGAGCUUUUAGCUGGUGUGACCGAUGAUUUUGACCUGAGUGGAUUGCCUAGUCAGCUUGAGGACAUGGAAGAUUAUGAUUUUUUUGGCAGUGGAGGGGGAAUGGAAAUGGAUUUAGAAUCCCAAGAGAACCUUAGCAUGGGCAUAUCUAAAAUGAGCAUUACCGAUGCGUCUACCUCAAACGGAGUUAACCCUUAUGCGCUGCCAAAUGGUGUGGGAACAGUGGCUGGGGAACACCCAUAUGGGGAGCAUCCUUCAAGAACCCUGUUUGUUCGAAACAUUAAUAGUAACGUUGAGGACUCCGAAUUAAGAUCUCUCUUUGAGCAAUAUGGAGAUAUCAGAACUUUAUAUACUGCAUGCAAGCAUAGAGGCUUUGUGAUGAUAUCUUACUAUGAUAUACGAGCUGCUCGUACUGCAAUGCGUGCAUUACAGAAUAAACCAUUGAGACGAAGAAAACUUGAUAUUCAUUUUUCAAUUCCCAAGGAUAACCCAUCAGAGAAGGAUAUUAACCAAGGAACUCUGGUAGUGUUCAAUCUGGAUGCUUCAGUAUCAAAUGAUGACCUGCGUCAAAUAUUUGGGGCUUAUGGGGAGGUCAAAGAGAUUAGAGAAACUCCACACAAAAGGCACCAUAAAUUCAUAGAAUUUUAUGAUGUUCGAGCUGCAGAGGCUGCCCUCAGAGCACUGAAUAGGAGUGACAUAGCUGGCAAACGCAUAAAACUUGAACCAAGCCGUCCUGGCGGAGCGCGUCGAAACUUGAUGCAACAACUGAGUCAAGAGCUUGAACAAGAUGAAGCUAGAAGUUUCCGACCUCAAGUGGGAUCACCAUUGGCCAACUCUCCUCCAGGUAACUGGCAUUUUGGCAGUCCAGUUGAACAUAAUCCCAUGCAUGCUCUUAGUAAGUCUCCUGGUCUGGGAGGUCUCAGUCCUGUAAGUAGCAACCACUUGACUGGGUUAGCUUCAAUUCUUCCUCCUCAUCUCUCUAACUCCCCGAAGAUUGCACCUAUUGGCAAGGACCAGGGAAGGUUUAACCCUGCAAAUCAGCUAUAUAACACCUCCGGGUCAACACAAGCAGCGGCCUAUCAACAUUCACAUUCCUUUACUGAUCAGAAAUUGAGCUCAAGUACCGGACCAAUUUCUUUUGGUGAAUCAAAUUCCAUUUCGUCUGGUAUUGGAACAUUGUCUGGUCCUCAAUUUCUUUGGGGAAGCCCAACCACUUAUCCUGAGCGUGCCAAUUCUUCUGCCUGGCCGACAUCAUCUGUGGGGCGCCCUUUCUCAUCUAGUGGACAGGGACAGGGUUAUCCAUACUCUAGUCGGCAUGGCUCUCUCAUUGGGUCAUCUCACCAUCAUCAUGUGGGAUCUGCCCCAUCUGGUGUUCCUCUUGAGAGGCAUUUUGGAUUCUUCCCAGAGUCUCCGGAAACAUCCUUCAUGAAUCCUGUGUUUGGAGGUGUUGGAUUAAAUAGGAACAAUGGGAAUUACAUGGUGAAUAUCGGUGGUCGUUCUUCCUUGAGUGCUGGUGUUGGUCUUCCAGGAAAUAUAACUGAAAAUGGUUCACCAAGCUUCAGAAUGCUUUCUUUGCCAAAACCUGGUUCAGUUUUCCUUGGGAAUGGUUCUUUCAUAGGGUCACCGGCAACUAGUGGUGAGGGCUUAGCUGAUCGUAGUCGAAGUCGCCGAGUUGAGUAUAGUGGGAAUUUGGACAGCAAGAAGCAGUAUCAGCUCGAUUUGGAUAAGAUAAUCAGUGGGGAGGAUACUAGGACUACAUUAAUGAUUAAAAAUAUUCCUAAUAAGUACACUUCAAAGAUGUUGCUGGCUGCUAUUGAUGAAAAUCACCAGGGCACUUAUGAUUUUUUAUACUUGCCAAUUGAUUUCAAGAAUAAGUGCAAUGUGGGUUACGCCUUCAUCAAUAUGGUGUCUCCUUCUCACAUUAUAUCCUUCUACAAGGCAUUUAAUGGAAAAAAGUGGGAGAAGUUCAAUAGCGAAAAGGUUGCUUCAUUGGCAUAUGCCCGAAUCCAGGGUAAGGCUGCACUUGUAACACACUUCCAAAAUUCAAGUCUCAUGAAUGAAGACAAGCGAUGUCGGCCAAUUCUCUUCCACUCAGAGGGCCAAGAGACUGGCGAUCAGGAGCCUUUCAUUUCUUGCAAUUUGAACAUAUGCAUCCGUCAGCCAGACGGGUCUUAUAUAGGGGAUCCACUUGACAGUCCAAAGGAAAGUCUGGAUGAAAAGGCUGAGAAUUAACAACGUACCAAUGAUCCUACUCUUAGCCUUAUGAAAUGGGGAGUAGGGUGCUAACUGUUUCAUAGGUAUUUAAGUGUAUAUUGUAGAGAAGCCGACGAAUUGCGACAUCAGUGUCAGUGUUCAUACCACGGUGGUGUCCACUUUUUAAGUUAAGGAUACUUCAUAUUAUUCAUGGAAAAGUAAGUAUUGCAGGGAACGAGGCAGAGAGCCUUUUGUUGUUAUGUAGAGUGACAAAUUGAUAUUCAACCAGAGGAGAAGAAUAAGGUGAAGCAUAUUGCUGAAAUUGUGAAGUCUUUCUGCAGCCAUAUGCGUUGCUCGCCGGUUUGUGCAGUGUCUCUCCUUUGGAAUUUUUCUUUUUCUAAUGCACUUCUCGUUCCGGAUCUUUGAAAUCCAUUUGCAAAUAUCUUUUUGUUAAUAUCAAUAAUUUAGAGUUUAGGGGGCUGUCAAAAUUUGUAUAGAAGUGGGGGGAGAAAAGACUGAGCCAUCCUGUUCCUGUGCUAGUGUUGUGUAGAGGAAGAAACGUGAAUCGGAUGAUAUAAGUCUUGUACAGAUGUUUUAUGACUCCAUUUCUGUCUCUUUAUUUCAUCGUCUUAAUACAGCAUGUUCUACCAGAUUUUUUCACUGCACAUUUUCACUGAUGAGAACUAAGAACAAGAAUUAAGAACUAAAAGGCUACAUAUUGUA